CUCUCAUUUUCAUUGUAUACAUCUUAAUUUAUUUAUUACCCUACCACCCACCUACUAAUUGUUCUUGAACAAAAUUCUCCUGACCUGCAGAAUUCUUCAACCUUGUCAUUGGAGAAAAUUAAGCUGUGCAGGUCAGUGUAUGAAAUUUCCCUUUCCUGACUCUAGGUGGCAUGUGAAGAAGCCAGAAAUAAUCUGACUCUACCUCAAUAAAUGGAUAAAAAACAUCACAUCGCCAUAUAUACCACUGCAAGCAUUCCUUGGCUAACUGGAACUUCCGUCAAUCCUCUCUUUCGUGCUGCAUAUCUUGCGAAAGAUGGUGCGCAAAAGGUUACCUUGGUGGUUCCUUGGCUGCCAUUGAAAGAUCAGGAACAUGUGUUUCCGAACGGUAUCAAAUUUAGUUCACACUUGGAGCAGGAAAAGUGUGUCCGUCAGUGGUUGGAAGAGAGGACUGGUUUUGCAUCAAAUUUUAGCAUACGUUUUUACCCUGGAAAGUUUUCUCUGGAAAAAAGGAGCAUUCUUGCUUUAGGGGACAUCACAGUAAUCAUUCCAGAUGAUGAAGCAGAUGUUGCAGUCCUUGAGGAGCCCGAGCAUCUUACAUGGUUUCAUCACGGAAAGAGAUGGAAAAAGAAAUUUCGUUUGGUUGUAGGAAUUGUUCACACCAAUUACCUGGAAUAUGUAAGGAGAGAAAGGAAUGCCGUGCAGGCAUUUUUCUUAAAACAGAUAAAUAGCUGGGUUGUCGAUAUUUAUUGUCACAAGGUCAUCAGGUUAUCUGCUGCCACCCAGGAUCUCCCAAGAUCUCUGGUCUGUAAUGUGCAUGGAGUCAAUCCAAAAUUCCUUCAAAUUGGGAUGAAAACAAGAGAGAAACAGCAACAUGAUAACCAAGCUUUCAGCAAAGGUGUCUACUACAUUGGUAAGAUGUUGUGGAGUAAAGGUUACAAGGAGCUACUUAGACUCUUACGUGAUCAUCAAAAGGAACUUGCUGGACUGGAAAUCGAUUUACACGGUAGUGGUGAGGAUUCUGCUCAAAUUGAGGCAGCUUUUAAGAAGUUGGAAUUGGCAGUUAAGGUACAUCCAGCAUGUGAUCAUGCAGAUCCCUUAUUUCACGACUAUAAAGUGCUUCUUAAUCCAAGCACCACGGAUGUAGUUUGUACAACCACAGCUGAAGCACUAGCAAUGGGCAAAAUAGUUGUAUGCGCCAACCAUCCAUCAAAUGAAUUCUUUAUGCAGUUCCCGAAUUGCAGAACAUAUGAUGACGGUGAAGGGUUUGUUAAAGCUACACUCAAGGCAUUAUCCGACGAGCCUGCUCCACUGGCUGAUAAACAAAGGCAUGAACUUUCUUGGGAAGCAGCAACCGAGCGAUUUCUGGAAGUAGCACAGCUGGACAUCACGCCGAUGAGGAAAUCAUCAAAGACUACUUCAAAGUCUUUUCUCUCGACAUCCUUAAGUUUAAAGAAAAAAUUUGAGGAUGCAUCAGCGGGGGUACAUUUCGUGGGGACGGGAUUUCUGAGUUCACAACCGAAUGAAGAGCAAUGUAAAGAGCUGGGAUUGGCUAUUCCUUCAAAGAAAAAGGGAUUUUCUUCUGGAAGGUGGAUCUGAGGCGCAUCCUCUGCAGGCUGGUUUCUCUAUUAAUACUGUUAACAUCUCUACUUUUUGACAGCAACAAUAUUUGAGUUUCUUUCUAUUGAUAAUCAUGGGAUUUUGCUGUUCCAUUGCAAGGAUUAGUUUUUAUUUUUCUGGUUGUUGUUGUACAGACUCUUUUGGCUCCCAAAUGAGCUUUGUUUUUUUAGAGAGGACAAAUCAACUCCUUGUAUAUACUAUAUAGGAUGUAACUUAUAUCCACUGACAGUGUAAUGAAAACUUUACAUUAAUCAGUGCAA